UUUGGCGGGUAAAGAAAAAUAAUAAAAGUACAUCGCUUGUUUUGAUUGGUGGAUCUAACGUCGAUGUAAUACGGAAGAAUUGAAUUGCUUUUCAAAUGAUUUAACAAUAUGGCGUAGCAUCGUUUGAAUUUGAACGUUACGUGACAACAGACGGAAGCCUCUAGGAAAUGUGAAAUAAUUUUUUUACUCUAUUCUAAUCUUACUUGUGAUUUAUUUUAAGGAUAAAUAUUAUAGGAAUAGAACUUUAAGCAUUUUGGAUUCUUAUAUAUUCUAAGAUCAUGGAUAAUUUUGUUAAGAUUGAAAAAAUUGGUGAAGGCACAUAUGGUGUUGUGUAUAAAGGAAAACACAAAAAGACUGGUGAAAUUGUAGCCAUGAAAAAGAUUCGUUUAGAAAGCGAUGACGAAGGUGUGCCAUCGACUGCAAUCAGAGAGAUUUCUAUUCUCAAGGAGUUGAAACAUCCAAAUAUCGUUAGUUUGGUCGACGUGCUUAUGGAAGAAUCUAGAUUGUACCUUAUAUUCGAGUAUCUUACUAUGGAUUUAAAAAAAUACAUGGAUAGUUUGGGGACCGGUGUAAUGAUUGAACCUAAAACGGUCAAGUCCUAUUUAUACCAGAUAACACGAGCAAUUCUAUUCUGUCAUAAGCGUAGAGUUUUACACCGAGACUUGAAACCACAAAAUUUAUUAAUUGGUACAAAAGGAGUUAUCAAAGUAGCAGAUUUUGGGUUGGGAAGAGCAUUUGGAAUUCCUGUCAGAGUCUACACGCAUGAGGUAGUUACUUUGUGGUAUAGAGCACCUGAAAUUCUACUCGGUGCCAGUAGGUACUCUUGUGCUAUCGAUAUGUGGAGCGUUGGCUGUAUUUUUGCUGAAAUGGCUAUGAAAAAGCCAUUAUUUCAAGGAGACAGUGAAAUCGAUCAAUUGUUUCGAAUUUUUCGCAUUUUAAGAACACCAACGGAAGAAAUAUGGCCUGGCGUCACUCAAUUAAAUGAUUAUAAGACAACAUUUCCAAAUUGGGUAACUAACAAUCUAGAAGCCCAAGUUAAGAAUCUUGAUGAGGAUGGGGUUGAAUUAUUGCAAGCUAUGCUUGUUUACGAUCCCGUUCAUAGAAUAACGGCAAGGGCAGCUUUAAAACAUCCUUAUUUCCAAGAUUUGGAUAUGAGAAAGUUACCACCUGUAUAAUAAAAAGGGAGAACAAAAAAGAAACGAAGAAAGAUAUGUUCGUUGUGUUUCUUUAUGACGUUUUAAUUGUGCGACAAUAUAAAAAGAUAUAUCUUAGAAUAGCGGAAGGAUGUGAGUUAAGGUGUUUGAUUGCAAACAUUCUUUUAAUUGAUGAAUAUGACUAAAUAUGCUCAUUACAUACUAUUAAGCUUUAUAUUAUAUCAAGUCAUUUGUCGAAAUUUAUUAUUUGAUGUUUCCAGUACAUUUACGUCUUUCAAUAUGUGUACUAUAUAUCAUAAGUAUAGAUCAAGGGAGAAUUUCGAUGCAACAAUUACAUGAUAUUACUAUAAUAUUUUAUAUCUACAUUGACAAACAAGAAUUUAUCUAAACUAUACUUAACUAUACUUAACUACUUAUUUUUAAUAGAAUACUAUUCGCAAAAUAAUUUCAUUAUCUAUAAUUUAUAUUUUAAUUAAGUAUGAUUUUUCUUCUUUUGUACUACUCUCUGAUAUUUAAUAUGUGAAAGAAAAGAUGAACAAGAGUGGAUUAAAUUUAUCGAUUUAUUAUUAACUAAAUAAAAUAGUAAGCAUUUUUAUUGGAAACAAAAUAAAUCGAAAAAAGAAGAACUCUCGAUAAAUAUUAAAUAUGUAUAUUCUUUAAGAUAGCGUAAUCUUUGUAAAUUAUUUUGAAAAUACAGGACAAUUUUUUGUACA